GCAUACUCUUACAACCAACUCUUGCCCAACAAACCACUGGGAGGACACAGCCUUCUCAGGCUACCAACCCAAGGAACGAGUUGGGAAGGGUCUGCAGAGAGAUUUUGGAGCAUCCCCGGCCAGGGAAAAAAAGAAAAAGGCGCUUGGGUCUGUGAAGAAGUAUUUGGAACAAGGAAAUCCUGGAAUUGAAAGAGAAAUGGAACAAUUGGGAAAAGCAAGAACCAGAUGGUUUACUACAACACUGGAUUUCCUAUAGAGAUAGCUAUCAACGAUGCACAAAGCUUCUAUGUUUCUUUGAUUAACAUACCGUAGGUGGAGGCCAAACGUCGGAUAAUGAAUCUUAUGGCAAGAGCUCUCUAUGAUAAUGUCCCCGAAUGUGCAGAAGAGUUGGCCUUCCGCAAGGGAGACAUUUUGACCGUGAUAGAGCAGAACACUGAAGGCCUCGAAGGAUGGUGGCUGUGCUCCCUGCAUGGCCGGCAAGGCAUUGUCCCAGGCAACCGCGUGAAGCUUUUGAUAGGUCCAGUGGUACAGGACAGUCCUUCCAGCCAAGAUAUGUCCAAUUCAGGACUGACACAUCAAUCCUUCAACCAGCAGAAGAUCUAUCAAGUGCCAAGCUCACAUGCCUCAGCACGGGACCCUGUCUACCAGGUGCCUCCCUCCCAUAUGAAUCAGGGAAUUUACCAAAUACCCACUGGACACGGUGUAGCAGGGCAAGAUAUCUACCAAGUGCCACCUUCCACGCAGAGAUGCCUUGAUGGUCCACCUCUGACUAACAAGGUAGUGACUCCAGUCAGGUCAGGACAAGGUUAUGUUUAUGAAUUCCCUUCCAAAUACCAGAAGGAUACCUACGAUGUCCCUCCUAUUCGCCCUCUCCAAGGGAUAUAUGACAUCCCCCCCACAUCAGCAAAAGGGACUGCACAUCCAGUUCCCACCGGAGAUGCAAAAGCUUUAGGAGUCUACGAUGUGCCACCUGCCAAAGGAAUGUAUGCUGCACCCCCAUCUGCAUGCCGAGAUGACGUAGGCCUGAGGGAUAAUUUGCAGGAUUUUUCAUCUCCAGUGGGGAACAGUGCAAGACAAGAAGGAGUGUAUGAUAUUCCUCCUCCUAUCACCAAAACAACUGGGAAAGAACUGAUCAAGAAAUACACUUCUGAGGGUCUUGUAUUGACUGAUGGAGCGCCACACAAACAGAGUGUUUAUGACAUCCCCGUAAACCAUCAAAACCAUUUUCUUGGACAGCAGAUUGCACCUCAGAAAGAUGUUUAUGAUACCCCCAGGGGAAUUGCUUUCCCAGGACAACAGACAGGACUCAAUGAAAGUCUAGCCUCAGAGGGAAGAGAAGGUGUAUAUGAUGUGCCACCACCAAUGCUCCAAGACACUAAAGGCUUACAAGAUGUGACUGAUGGGAUGAAUAGGUUGUCUUUCUCUAGCACGGGAAGCACAAGGAGUAACAUGUCCACAUCUUCAACAACAUCAAAGGAUUCUUCUUUCUCAGCAACAACUGCACAGGACAAAAGACUAAUCCUUGAUCCAGACACUGCUAUAGAGAGGCUUUAUCAUCUUCAGCAGAUGGUGGAGACAGCAGUCAAUAACCUCAUGGCCUUCACUACAGCAGACUGGCGGUCUUACGGCUACAUGGAGAAACACAUCAAUGAAAUUCACGCUGCCGUGGAUAAGGUAGAGCAGUCACUGCUGGAGUACCUUCAGUUUGCAAAAGGAUCAGCAGCCAACGCUUCCUUUCUCUCCGAGAUCAGCCUUCAUAACAAAAUGAGAAGGGAGGUGCAAAGGUUGGAGGACUCUCACCAGAUCCUUACCCAAACCAGUCAUGACCUGAACAGCUACAACUGGUCUUUGAACGUUCUCGCUGUCAACAGACUGCAGAACAAGUGUGAUGACCUGGAUCGGUUUGUUAUGGUGGCAAAGACAGUGCCAGACGACGCCAAGCAACUGACCACCACCAUCAGCGUCAACGCAGAGCUCCUGUUCAAACAGGGGUCAGGCAGCUCACGUUUCAGGAGCGUCCCAGAGAAUAUGAACACUCCUGAGUAUGCAUACAACAGUCCUCACGUGCAGCGUCAUGGAGAAAAAACACAGAAUCACUUCAGUUCUCUUCCUCCUAUCCUGAGUAAAGGUCAACAACCUCACAAUAUCGUUAACGAGAGCUCAGAAAAGAGCUGGAUGGAUGACUACGAUUAUGUUCACUUGCAGGGGAAAGAAGAAUUUGAAAGGCAACAGAAAGAACUACUAGAAAAAGAAAAUAUCAUCAAGCAGAGCAAAAUGGAGCUAGAACAUCAUCAGAUCAAUCAGUUCCAGCGGCUGGAACAGGAGAUCACAAAGCCUGUGGAGAACGACAUUUCAAAAUGGAAGCCACCGCAGGCCCUGCAGACUGCCAACAGCACUAUUGCCUCCCACGACAGACAGCCGCUUUUGUUCUAUUCUGACCAAUACGAGACUCAUUUCAAUUCCCUCCUCAACACCAUCGAUGCCUUUUUCAGUUGCGUCAGCGCUUCGCAGCCCCCCCGGAUCUUCGUUGCUCACAGCAAACUUGUCAUUUUGAGCGCCCACAAACUGGUGUUCAUCGGGGACACGCUCACGAGGCAGCUGACAUCCCAGGACAUACGCAACAAGGUGCGCAACUCCAGCGACCAGCUGUGCGAACUGCUGAAGAGCAUCGUGACCGCUACCAAGAUGGCGGCCUUGCAUUACCCACACACAGCAGCACUGCAGGAGAUGGUGAACCGAGUGACAGAGCUGUCCUACCACGCACAGCUGUUCAAACUCUCGCUCGUCCAGAUGGCAUCUUUAUGAAACAAAGCUGAACCCAACCCGCGAACGGCAAGCUAUCAAAGAAACUGGAGUGUUUUUAUGUGGACAUCCCCAUUUACAUUGUGUAGAUAUUUUAUAUGAAAUGCUUUAAAUACGUUCUUAUGAGUUAGAGAAUCUAAUGAAAUCAGGGAUCUGGGAAAAUAUCUGGCUCUGUAUUAUGUUCCUACCAUACAGUUAGCUAUGUAUACCCUUCAUAUAUGUAUAUGUUGCUACACUCUUCAAAACAUCAUUAAGCACCUUAAAAAGUAUGCGUCGGGUAAGCAGUGCAUAUCUUUUGUAUAUACUGCUAUUUCUUCAGUAUAUUUAACUGCUGCACUCAUCUAGAUCCAUUCCAUCUUAAUUUUGGCACAUGGACUCAGUUAUGAAACCUGCUUGUAGCAAUCCAUGAAUCAUAAUGGUUCUCAUAGAACCCCUUUCCCUUGUUAGAAAUUACUAGGUUAAUUUCAUUAACUCUUCUUGCUGUUAUUUUGUUAUAUAUAGAGGAUACAAUCAUUCUGAGUAGCAUACAUGUACAGCUGCAGCAAGCAACAGUCAAAGCGUAUGGUAUUUGGGAGAAAAGCAUUUCAAGGCCAUACGAGGCCAUGUAAGAAGCAGAACCUUCUAAAAAGGAAGGAAUUGUAUAUUUUUGUUAUCUCGUGGCAUUUAAACUUUGCUGUUUCUAAUAAUCAUACAAGAUAAGUUUUCAAAACUCGGAGUCUUAGCAACAUGAACUUACAUUUUUACCUUGCAUAUCCUUGCAUUGGCAAUUAAAUGUAGCCAUUGUGCUCAUUGUGGACUCAGUUAUCCUGAGAAAAUUACUUGGGCUCAUCUUUGAGGUGGCAGAUGUGCAACAUCUUAAAAUACCAAUCCCUCCAAAAGCAUUAGAGUAAGGAUUGUCAUUCAUAUGGGAAGAAAAUAACUGAAUUUGAAAUACUAAAUAAUUAAACAUCUGUAUAGAGCAAACUGAGUUUAAUGAAGGAAAAAAAGAGAGUACAGUUUCUAAGACAUUCUUGCUAAUUAAUUGCAUCCACUGCAGAUUUGUCUUCUAUUCAAAUACUAGGCUUUCUUCCCCCAAAACUUGUUCCAGAGCUACUGUUCCUUCUGCACUACACUGUUGCCAGAAAUUACCUCCUGUCUUAAUGAGGCCACUCCAUCAGUAGGGUACACAAUCCCAACUUGUAACUUUUAACUUAGACCCUUAAAGAACCAUUCAGAGUUACAGGCUCCUUUAGAAAUUCUAUAUAUGCUGGCUGCUCCAAAACUUGCAUCACCCUUUUUCUUGCUUUCCUUUUUGAAUUCCCUAAAACUAAGUCCCGGAACACCAGCUGUCCUUGGUCCUCAAAGUAGAAGAAGCCAUUCUUCCAAGCAGGCAAUCAGAACAGACUAGCUUAGAUCAAUGCCAGGUGAUUCUGGCACCUUGGAAGGAGAAACACGACUGUCUUGUGAUAGGUCAGGGUAGUCCUGCAUUGAUGCAUUCAGACUGCACAAGAGCACCAAGAGAACAGGCACUUCUGUCUAACUUCGCAAGCUUCCUUGUCCGCAUCUAAACAUGUGCCUUACUGCAAGUGGGAUUUGUUGCCUUGAAACAAAACCAUUCCAGCAGUGUGUGAUAUUUUACUGCCUUGAUGUGUUGCCUCAGAGAGAAGACUGCUCUUAACUGCCAUCCCAUCCCUUCCCAAGUCUGCAGAAGGUCCCCAGCAAGGCCUGGAGAUAGGAGGUAGUACAGUCGCAGCAGCACCAAAGUCAGCCCCAGUGCCACAUGCUGGCUGUCUUACUGUAACCAACAGCCAAUUGCCAAAAACCAUCUGCCUGAACCUACUUUGUACUUUUGCUGUUUGGGAUUGCUUUGGUUUUCCUUGUUCAUUUUUUCGUUGUAUAUUCUUAGAAACUGAGAAGGCGUUUUGAAGCAUACCUGUUAUGUCAGUAGUUUGUACUUUCAAAAGGAGAACAUUAAUCAUAAGCCUGUAGUACAGUUUGUUAUUUUGUAGAGUCAUUUUAAAAUCAUUACAUGUCUAGGUUGGUUUGUUGUUGUUUUGGUGUUGUUGGUU